AUGUCCAACUUGCAGUCGGCCCUUCCUCCGAACAAACACCACUCCUCGCCAAAACCACCACUUCGGAACAAACCCUGCCAGAUGGACCCGGUCUCACGCAGUCCCAGGGCUACCUACUCAUGUUCUUCUCCGCAGUGUUUGAGGCUGUGCGCGAAUUUCUCGUUCGCAUCAUCGAAACCGCUCUGCAAUUCCCGCCAUCUACAUCCUUGA